AUGACGGACGCGGAUGUCUACGCGUACGAGCAGGAGUUCGAGGAGAUGGACGAGUGGGAGGUGAUGCACGCACAGGAGAUGGAGGCCAUGGAGGAAGAGAUGCGCGCCAUGGAGGCCUUCGAGCGGCGGCAGGCAACGGAGAUCAAAUUGCAGCAGCCUGAAGCAGCAGUGUUACCUCCGACCAGUGAUGACGCUGUAGGAGGUGUAGAUGAUGACCUGGAGAAGGCGCAAAGACGAUUGGGCCAAGUACUGGCUCGAUGUGCGACACUGUUGGAUGAGGAUGCAGAUGACGACGUGAACAUGGAGACCGCCAUACAGCCAAAGGAGAAGCAGUCCGCUGCUGCGAAAGUUGACAUAAUGACAGCUGAGUAUCUGUACAGCCGACCGCCUAUUGACGUGGACUCGCUUCCCGUGGUGUUGGAUGAUGGUAAGCGGUUGUUCCUACGCAAAAAGCGCCCCAGCUCCAAGCAUUUCACCUCCAGCUCUGUUCGUAGUGCGGCUGCGUCACUCAUCCCCAUCAGAGAAUUGAUGGAAACAGUCGAACGGAUGGAGAUUAACGAAGCAGCUGCGAAGGAGGACAAGGCAAUGCUGCGGGAGCUUGGGUCAGAUGACAAGAAAGAACCCCACGCGUCAAACACAGUGCUGUGGUUAGACAAAUUCAGGCCACAAAGUUUCUUGGAUCUAUUAAGCGACGAGCGAACCAACCGUGAGGUGUUGUCUUGGAUCAAGUCGUGGGAUCGAUUCGUGUUUCCGAAGAAGAAGCGAGCUAUCGGCGCCCACUCAGCAACCCCUGCCAAGACAAGUGGUUUUGGCGCCCUUCAUAAGUCUCCGUGGUCCCAAUCCCUCUCGCAGAACUAUGCUAAUAGCAUCGCUGGGGAGGAUGACGAAGAUAAACGUCCAUUCAACAAGAUCAUCCUCAUCUGCGGUCCACCUGGGGCGGGUAAAACGACGUUGGCCAACAUAGUUGCACGUCACGCGGGCUACAAUCCCAUCGAAGUAAAUGCUAGCGAUGACCGUACGGCACCUGUGCUGCGUAACAAGAUCAUUAGCGCAAUGGAAAUGCAGUCCAUUUGGGGUGAACGCAAACCAAACUGCAUCAUUCUGGACGAAAUCGAUGGCGCCAUGAAUGGUAGUGACGGAAAAUCUGGGAUUGAAGUUAUUCAAGAGAUCGUCAAUGCUCCAUUGGAAAGGAAAAAAGCAGGAGCGAAGACCGCGGCCAAAAAUCGCCACCCGCUAACUCGCCCACUGAUUUGCAUCUGUAAUGACCUGUACGCAUCCGUGUUGCGCCCCCUACGUCAAAUGGCAAAGAUCUUUACGCUGGACGCACCACACUCACAACGUCUCGUUACACGUCUGAAGUGUAUUUGCCGACACGAAGGCAUCAGGGCUUCUACAGGGGCACUAGCGACUCUGUGCUCAAGCGCUGACAACGAUAUCCGCUAUUGUCUGAAUACGCUACAGUUUCAGACUACCCAGUCACGUGGCAAAACUGGAGUGGCGACGUUGAGUACUGGACUCGUUGCUCAAAAAGACCAUGCCCACGGCAUGUUUGAGGUGCUGGACCUCGUUUUUUACGAGACGCGCUCAAAUUCGGCUAAAAGAGAAGUCCCUGUGGCGGAGAAGAUUGAUGAAGCAGUUGCGUCGCUGGGAAACUUUCCUCUAUUGAUUAGCGGUUUGGAUGAGAACGUGCCCAAGAUGAUCUUCAAUGACCCUACUAUGAACAAGAUCUGCGACGUCUUCGAGUGGCUUGGACUGGCAGCUGAGUACGAAUAUCGCGCUCGCUCUGAGCAACAGUACGCUUUUCAGGCUUACAUUCCAUUUGCCGCCAUUGCAACGCACGCAUCGUGUUGCACAAGCUCUAGACGUCGUGUGGAGUAUCCGCGUGGGCAGUUUGAGGCUCAAAAACGACGGGAUCGCUCUGAAAAUAUCCUGACAGCACUGACAGAGGGAGCGCAGUUGCAGCCACUCUUACGCAUGAGCCCCAGCGUCCUUGUCGUGGAUGUGGUCCCGUGGCUGGUUGCGAGCUUAUCUCCCAACAUCCGCCGUAUCAACCCGUCGCUUCAGACUAAGGAAGAGAAACUGAUGAUUCAGCGACUUAUUCAGUUGAUGGCGUCACUGGGACUGUCAUUCCGUCACAAAUAUCGACCAGAUGGAAGCGAAGACUACGCACUCGAGCCGGCGCUGAAUGAACUGGUGGAGUUCCGAAGUAGAGAAGGUGGCACACCGUAUCAAUACAUGCUUCCGAUAUCGGUGCGGAAGAUGAUAGCUCGCGAGGUGGAGCUGGAGCAGAUGCGUCGGAAUGAAAAAUCGUCUCCGUCCGUUAAGCAAAACAACAGUAAGUCGCCUGCAGUGGCAGUCGACAAAUCCAGCGAAGCUACCAUCGAAGAGAAGGCUGCAAAGGCCGCCUACGUUCUGCCUGAGCUCAGCGAUGUGGAGCUGGUGAAGAAGGACGAGGCUCUGCGUAAGCGUAACCCCUUCGCAUUCGCUCACCGCGAGGCCAAACGAAAACGCGACGAGGAGUUGAACGCAAAGCUCAAGCUACAGCGCACAAACGAUGCGCACAAGCACUCCAGGGUGCACUACAAGUUUAACGAAGGCUACACAUGCGGUAUCAAGACAGCCGUGUACAUCAGUGAUUUAUUAUGAAACCACUGAUCGGCCGACUGUAUUGCAAGUUAAAAGCUCUCUUCUAGCCUUACUGAGUCAACUACAUCUUUACUUCUUCCCCUUCUUUUUCUUCUUGUCCGUUUGGCUUGCGAGUACCGGUGCAUCGGGGUAGUUCUGGGUGGGCGACAAUGGCGUCGUCGACGGCGGCAGCGUCUUCAUGGGCCCAAGCACCUCUUACAAUACGAAGCGCAGUAGCCUCGUUAGUCGGAACAGGUUCGUCGUGUCCGUCGUGGUGUAUUUGACCACCCCAACGCGUCCGGCGACACUACGAGGUGAAGCGUUGGCAACGUGGUGCGACACCCGCGACACCCGCGCCACCACCUUCACGUCCUUCUUGGCCGUCGCACGCGUCUUGAGGAAGAAGCGCGAGUUUAGGGGAUCCCCCACGAAAUCCAACUUCGUCUGCUCCUCGAAGCGCUCCCAGAUCACAUUACCAUUGCCCACCAUCGUUGCUUGGAUGGGCACCUUCCGAGAUGCAAUCUCACCGGUAUGGUGCUUUUAUGUCUAAAUGCUGAUGUGCUCUGUCGACGUCCG